AACUGAUGCUAACAUCUCGACUCGGUAUCAAUACGGUUAGAACCGAGUCUCAAAGGCAUGUGGUUGCAACCGACUUAGGAAAUUUCCGACAAAGUCUACUCAUGUGUAGAAUUUGACUCGUUUUCACUAUGCUCAAUGUGCGACUCGAUAUUUCCAUAACUAGUUGGAACAGGGCACCACAUACUCUGCAUAGUCAAACUGGUUACGAGUCUAACCCGAUAUGCUGUAUAGUAUGGGCCAUACAACUUGAACUUGCCACAAGUCCUCACCACCCAUCCUACUUAGCAGUAUCCAAAACACCGAUGGCAUUAAUUGCAUGAUCCAUUUAUUUGUGCAUAGGCGUUUUUGCAUCGGAUUUCGUCAGAGUUGCAAGCAUGACCUUGUCUAGGCCAGGAGACGCUCAAGUGUGUGUGUACGGCAAGUCCAGCCUCCUGCUCCGCCAUCAUUAUAUGUCUACAAAGUUCGCCUCUUCAUACCCAUCCUCUAACAGUAUGACUGUCGUCUCAAAUAAUCCCAUCUGGUUGCCAGCCAUGAAUUCGGGUCUCAUUUACAGCUAUUUUACAGUUGCCGGCUCCGCUGGGGUGAUAUAUGAUUGCAUGCUAACAUUCGGACAAGAGGUCGAACUGGUCUGGAGGCAACGCUGGUCCCUAAUGACCGUCCUGUAUCUCAGUGUGCGCUAUGUUGGAAUAUUAUAUGCUGUCACCGACAUGCUGGCUGCAGCUCGGACCAUCCCAAUGACAGAUGCAGUGAGGGUGAGUGACUUGACCCGCUCGUUUGCUCAAUAUAAUGACUCCCACAGCUGCCGUAUCAGGUUCCUCGCAAUAGAGUGGACAAAUAUCGUCGUGUUUGCAAUGACGGGCGGUGAGCCAUGCAGCUGCAACCCCUCAGUGAUACUGGCUCACUGGUAUAUCAUGCAAGUCAUCAUGAUAACCCGGUUACAUGCUAUGUAUCAGCGAUCUAGAAAGGUGCUGAUACUUCUCAUUGUCGUCUUACUGGCUGUCAACAUCGCCAAUGGAGUGACAAACGGAAUAAAAACUAGGCAUGCCUCAGGAAAGGUGUACAUUCUCUUUGGCGCCUAUGAGUGUGCUAUUGACUAUGGGGGAAAUGACCAACUUCUGAGUCCCUUGACUUGGAUACUCACCACUGUAUGGGAGGUCCUCACACUGGGGCUCGCAGUCUGGAUUGCUGUAAAACAUUUUCGUGAACUGCGACGAUCAUCUACAGGAGGGAUUAUCGGGGACUGUUUUACGGUGUUGAUGAAAACUCACGUGGUCUACUUUACGAGCUUUGUUGCUGGUUCUUGCUUCCAGUUCGGUUAUUCGUUUUCAACAAUCUCAGUGGACGCAUAUCCAUAUUCUUUGGAACGUCAGAUUUUUGGCGGUAUCACUCAAAUUUUCUUCCUCGUGCAGAUGUUUGUGCUGGGACCACACUUGAUCCUUAGCGUUCGGGAAUACAACGCUAAGCUCGUAGACGAUUCUGAUGCAGCAACCGCCAUGACUUCUAUUGCUUUCCAGGAUCGCGUGCAUGUGUCAACUAGCAGCAGUGGCGGGAGGAUUUGUUUUUUUGUUCAAGUUUUGUCGUUGUACCUAUUAUUAUUCAUCCGCCCCUCCGGCGCAGAAAAGUCCGGCACGCACUACGGCAAGAACGGCGGAGAACGGCGGCAAAGCUGGUGGCUAACAGACGGCACGUCGGACAUUGAAAACACACCUGGAGGUACGCCACUCUCACGUGAUGCAUCAUUGACACCUGGUCUUCAGCUCCCUAGUGAUUCCCACUUUAAUUCAUUCAACAACCAUGAUGCGGACCCCUCUGCAUUUGACCACGAUGCAUUUAUCGCUCUCAUCAAUGACCUGAAUUUCAACAUCAGCAUUUUGGACAACCCUCCUCUUAAUCUUACUCGACCCUCUAUCAAUACUUCUAAUAACAGUAGUGCUUAUCCCGAAAUCUUUCUCCCUCCGGUUCCUCCUGCAACUCCCCCCCUAUCAACGAUUCCAAUAACACCAGCACUUAUCCCCAAGUCUCUCUACCUCCGGUCCCUCCUGCAACUACCCUCCCUAUCAAUGCUUACACUAGUGCUCAUCUCCAAGUCUUUCUCCCUUCGCGCUCAUCCUGACGUCUUUCUUCCUCCUGUUCCUCCUGCAACCCCCCUUGUUGGAGGUUCUGAGACACAGGACGAAGCACUGACUUUGCCAGUUGAUGCUGGAACUCAGCCUCUCGUGGAAAGCGUCCACAACAACUCACCGCACCUACCUCAGCUAAUCAAUUUGAGCCACUCCCGGAGGGGUGCCGCCGAGUGCAAAAACCUUUCAAUGCAAGAGAGCAUGACAACGACACCGGCAGGCCAACAAAACGCGCUCAACAUACAUAAUCGGUAAAGAGCAUAGAUAGUAUUGUCUUAUCUACUAGUGUUGGUAAUAUAAUUGAAUGUUUCUUGAUG